AUGGAUUAUGAGAAAACCGGCCUCGGGGUUUUCAGCAGUGCAGGUUCGUCGCAGCUAGAAGAGCAUAUAGGAUCCACCAUACCAUCGGGUGGAGGCAGCAAUUUACACGAUAACAUAUUAGCAACAGCACAGGUGCGCUUUCUGACCAGUAGUGGGGCAGUAGUUACGCUACGUGCAAUAUGCGAUACAGGAGCUCAGGUGAAUUUGAUUAGUAAGGGUGUCGUGCAAGAUAAUAGGAUCUGUACGCGCCGAACUAGAGUAGGAGUAUCAACGGCGGUCAAGUCAAGAUCUUACAUCUGCGAAAAAAUGGUUACCGGUCAUUUUAUGUCUCUUUAUGACGAGGAUCUACGGUUACUGAUUUACUGUCUGGUAGUGCCUUCGGUAUUAGGAGAAAUGUUACAACCCCAAAAACGUUUGCAAAGGCAGGAAGUACCAAGUGAUAUAUUAACAUAUUUAGCGGAUCCGAAGUUUGAAAAACCAGCACAGGUCCAAUUGCUUUUAGGGGUAGGAGUAUGGGCUCGACUCAUGCAAGAUAACAUGCGGCGCCUGUCUGCGGGGUUUGUGGCACAACAAACCCGUUUAGGUUGGCUACUUUUUGGUGAAAUCUCCACUAAUAACAGUGUUGUUGCUGCCCACCUCACCAAAAACGUAGGCCAAGGCGAGGAGGAUUCUCAGCUUGAUAAAUUGUUACGAGGGUUUUUCGAAUUCGAGGGUAUGCCUGGCGAUGAGUCCACAUGGACAGCGGAGCAGCAAGCGUGUGAGGAUCACUUCUUGAAAACGCUCGCGUUUGACUCGAAUGCCGGUCGUUAUGUGUUGCAGAUUCCUUUGCGGCCUCAUUGGGAUAGUAUUGGCUCUAAUCGGGCAAUGGCACUGCAACGAUUCAUAAAAUUAGAGCAACGGUUUAGACGGGACGCUGAACUAAAGCAGAAGUAUCAGGCAUUUAUAAAUGAAUAUGUAGCGAAGGACUGGCUCCGCCCAGCGACGAAUCCGCCGGAAAACAAGGCCUAUUAUAUUCCCCAUCAUGCUAUAACGAAAAAGUUUAGGGUUGUUUUUGAUGCCUCUUGUUUGACGGACACUGGCAUAUCGUUGAAUGAUGUGCAAAUGAUCGGACCGAAACUGCAGCAAGACCUGAUUGAUCUCCUUUGGGGAUUCCGUUUGAACACGUAUGCUGUAACGGCGGACAUCAAGCAAAUGUUCCCCCAGGUAAAGAUAGCAAGGAAGCAUUGGGACCUACAGCGCAUUUUUUGGAGGAAUGAUGUAGGAGAAAUAGUGGAAUAUUGGCUGACGGGGGUCACAUUCGGUAUGGCAUCUGCGCCAUUUUGUGCCGUUCGGGCGAUGCAACAGUGUGCCAGAGAUAAUUCAGCUAGGUGGCCUCGAGGAGCCAGAGCGGUAUUAAACAACUUUUACAUGGACGAUUGCUUGGUGGGUGAAGACACGGAAGAGGAUUUGCUUCUACUCUGCCAUAAAAUGCAGCAGCUGCUAGCCGCCGGGGGUUUCGAACUCACUAAGUGGCAAUCAAAUUCGGAAUAUAUUAAUAGUUCCAUUGGUGCGCAUUCUGCUGAAUCAGCUGCUUGGCUGAAUACCCAUACGGAAGCAUCGGUUCUUGGUCUCAAAUGGAUGCCCGCAACAGAUGAGUUUGCCUUCGCAGUUCAACCCCUUCCAGAUAUUCAUGCUACGAGCUGGACUAAGCGUUCAGUCUUGAGCAUAACCGCACGAAUUUAUGAUCCUGAUGGCCUAGCAGCACCGUUUAUAGUCAAUGCAAAGAUACUUAUUCAAAAGAUCUGGAAGGAGAAGCAAGAUUGGGAUAUGAUACUAUCAGAUCCAUUGAAAACGGCCUGGCAGAACAUUUUUCUCAAAUUCCACUUUUUAACAAUCUGCGCAUACCACGGUGGAUAG